AUGAUACGUUCACUUAAGAAAGAAAUUAUCAAUGAGUUGAAUAUCUGGCAAAAUACUAAUGCUGAAAAUUGCCAGUUGAAAAUUGAUAUUCAUCAUUUUCAGGAAAAACUUAAAGAAUUAAACAUUUUAUGCAUUAACUGUGAAACGUCCAAUGCUGAAAUUGAACAUCGGAAAAAACGAUACUCGGAACAGUUAACAAAAAUUUCUAAAUUAAUUUCUGAGCAGAAUUUCGAUGCUGCUAACUGGGCAAUAAUUUUGGAUGAAAUGGCAUUUGCAAAUCGAGAAUUAUUCGAGAUAUUACUGUCAACAGCUACUGUAGAACGACGAGCACUUCAGUUGGAAACAGCUGAGGAAGACAAAUAUAGAAAUACGUCAGAAAGACUUAAUUUAAGACGAAUCGAAUUGCGUCAAGAAUUAUAUUCUCAAAUGAAUAAUUAUGAAUCGUUGAGAGAACAAAUUAAUCAAACUGAAAGUAACUUAACAAAUCUUCAGAAAGCUAUUGAUGUAUAUGAUGCUGAAUAUUGGCAAUUAAAUGAUGCAGAACAUAAUCUACAAUCUCAAAUUUUUCAACUACAAGAACUUCUGCGUCAUUCUCGGCGUCAUCGUCGCUUCAAUUCAACUAGCGAAUCAUCCUCUCCACUUACUGAUACUGCUGAUAAGAAUGAAAGUGAAGAAUAUAAAAGUGAUGAGUGUUUAAUAACGAAACGAAAAUUCAAUACAACAAUUCCGCACCGUAACAUAUCAAAGAAGGGGAAUUUUGAUAUCACAAACGCUAAGAGUAAAUGUCAAGUAUUACCGAAAACAACGCCAGAUACAAAGAGAAAACAAGUAGCAGAUGAAACAUCAGAUUCAAGUUCCAAUAUUCGAUCCGACUUUAUGUGGAAGAAGAAGGAAACUGAUUCAAAGCUAAAUCAACCAGUAUCACCAACUUCAUCGAAAUCACAAUAUCAAAAGCAGAUUCAACAGAAAGAUUCAAACUGGUCAUCAUCGAUGGAAUCUUUCAAAACGACACCAUCACAAACGAUGACAACUGAAACUCAACCGAAACGUCAGAAAUCACGGAUAGAUCUGAAAAAAAGGGGAAAAAUCAGUGGAGGAAUGAACAAAGGAACAGUGAAUGAAAUUGGUGAUAACCAAGAAAGUAUUACUGAUUUUCAAAGUAGUGAAGAAAAUAAAAUUAUCGAUUCAAGUAAAUCUAGCAACUUUCUGAUUUCGGAUGACGAAACAACCGAUUUAACAUCUGAAUCCAUUUCACUUUCGGAUGCAUUACCAUCAAAAACUAAUAUCAUAUCACCGAUAAGCAGUAUUACUAAAGAUCAGUUAUCUUCGUUAUCUGAUAAUUCAUCUGGACAGGAAACAAAAUUUCGGCAGCCAUCUCAUAUUUCAGAAUCAGAAAACAGUUCUGAAAUAUCAACAAACACUAAUGAUUUAUCACAACAACAACAACAACGACAACAAUUGAUGCGUCAACCGUCUUACAAUCAAUCGCUAAAUCAGGUGAAAUCUAAUGAGCGACAAUCGAGAAGCUUAUCGUUACUAAAUCAUAAUGUUGAAUUAUGGGAGGAAAUCUCGGAGAGAGCAUUUUUCCGCGAUAUUGACAACAAAACUUGA